AGUCUAUAAAAUACCUCCCUCUUCUUUGAACCUUAUCGUUAGGCACAAACUAAACACUUCACAAGAUGAAGCUCUUCUCCAUUUUUCUUAUCACCAUUCUUCUCCUGCAGGCUUUUGCAGAGGUUUCAUCAUUCAGUGAUGCUGCAAAUUCUACCACAAAUAUGCUUGAAGGAAAUUACGCAGUGGUAGCUCUUAGUAAGAAGGCGCAUCAUCUUCCCAAAAUCAAUUGCAACUAUGCAUGCUCGAGGAGAUGCAGGAAGACAUCAAGAAAGAAGAUAUGCAAGCGAGCAUGCAAAUCUUGUUGCGAGAGAUGCCACUGCGUUCCACCAGGCACCUAUGGGAACAAGAAAGCAUGCCCAUGUUAUGCAAAACUCAAGACACAUGGAAACAAGCCUAAGUGCCCUUAAUCACAUAAACAUGCCCACGUAAGCAUAUUUGAAUACAAUAAUACUAUUUGCAUCACAUUUGAUUGACGAUCAGCAAAAUCGUGUCUCUAAUAGUGGUGGGUCCCACUAAUAUAUGUGGAAUUCACCUUUAUUACAACAGUGGUUAGCAAUAUGUGAUCAGUAAAUGUGGUACAAAUAGCAUCACUCAUUUGAAUAUGUACACA